UCAAGACCGACCAUCCCUAUCAAAACAUAUUUUGAUCAAACAAUUCUUCAAAUCACAACGCCAUGCCAACCCAGUGAUUCCCAGUACAAUGCGAGAAGUUUGCAGUCUCAAACCAAUCUUGGAUCUCAUCUCAAGCUGGGGUAACACCAACGAUUUGACAUUCGAACAACUUCAACAAAGGACGGUGUUACUGAUCGCAAUCGCCACAAUGUGGAGACCAAGAUCGGAUCUAGGAACAUUGCAAAGUAGAGACAUAAAAUUUACAAUGCAAGAGAAUGUCCCCACAGCGGUGACGCUCAUGGUGCGGGAGCCAAAAGAACGGCAUCCGAAGAAAUCUUUCCUUGGCAUCAUUGGCGAACAUAGAUGUGUCCAGUGAGGACUUGUGGAAGUUUUUUCAUAAGACCAAGGAGAAACGAAUCAAUUUACCGGAAGACCACACUUUGUUCUCCCAAACGUAAAACAAUUGACCUUCCAAGUUGCAAUAUUACACCUACCGCAUUGGCCGUCGGCGCUCUGGUCCCCACUGCCAAUCUCAAUGGCGAUAGAACCUCCAGUUCUCCUAGACCCCAAAACGCAGACAAUGUUAAGCAUCCAUUCCGCCAUUUACCCAUGGACAAAUCCAGAUUGGAAACUUUUCGUCUGGAAACUAUCGGGAAGCGGUUCGAAAAGCAAGACUAUUCACCAUCCGCCAUUCAGUCUUUAGUCCAAGCGGUGGUACAUGAAACAGGACCCAAAUCACCGUGUUGUCAUAUGCCCAGUAUCUUUUUCUUCAGUGGACAACUAGGAAUGAGAUCAACCCCAACACUUUGCUGAAGCAUUCAAAACGUAUAGCACCGCCGAAACAACUGUUGAAACCACAGGUUGAUGUCAGCCCUACAUUGCGCUUCUUGGCACAAAUACCUUAUGCUUCCUCAACUCCAUUGGCUGAACUGAAUAAGAAAAAAGCUUUUCUUUUGGCCAUGGCUGCCUUU